UUUUUCGGAAAAACGUACCAAAUGCGUCCAAACCCAUGAAAAAAAGGCUAAAACUAGCGGUUUAAUUUGGGUCAUUAAUCGUUACGUGCUAAUUAAUAGCAGCUAACCAUGGAAGGCCCAAACAAUUGACAGAGUUUCCUUGUUCCACUCGACCAGUUUUCAGUGUUGCAUAUAUUUCACAUUUAACACUUAUUGUGAUCACACCUUGAUUAACUCUCGAUUCUUUCUCCUGAGAAUAUUCCAUCUUAUCCCACCUUAUUCCACAGUUUCAGCCCCCUCUGUCAUGUUUUGUGUGUGUUCUGCGAAACCCCUCCAAUUAUUCAGGACGUAGAUAGGUGAUUAAAAGUACAUUUUUUUACUUCGAGAUGCGCACAUAUCUUCUCACUCCAGGCAAAUAACCCUGACGCGGGAUGGCAUAAUUAUAAUCUUGUUUUUUAUUCUAUUUAAUCCAGAUCUCGCGUGCCGCGGUUAUCCAAUCGGUAUGGAGAACGGAAAGAUCGCGGAUGACAACAUCGUUGCGUCGUCAUGGCAGGAACCUUUCCACGCCUUCCGACCUGAGGCGGGCCGCCUUAACAAUGAUGACGGUGUUUGGUGCCCAAACACUCUAGGGGAAGCGGAUAAGGAGUAUUUUCUUCAAGUGGAGUUUCCGGCUAGAUACAACGUCUGUGCCGUCGCUACUCAGGGCUCCCCUCUCCACAAGACCGACUGGGUGAAGAAAUAUCGGAUUCAGUACUCCGUGGACGGCGAGAACUUUACGCUGUAUACUGAAAAUGGAACUGUGAAGGAAUUCACAGCUAACACUAACGCAAAUGACAUGGUGAAGAAUGAUUUAAACCGACCAAUUACAGCACAUUUCAUUCGGUUCCUUCCGGUGGAAUGGAACUACAAACCCUGUAUGAGAGUUGAGCUGUACGGAACUGCUAUCGCUUGUCCGUGGAAAGCCAAGAAUGACAAAUGCUGCGUAUUUCCUUUCACGUUCAAAGGAAAGAAACAUUACAAAUGCAUCAUAGAUUGGGUGUGGAUGCCUUGGUGCGCUACAACGUCAAACUUUGACAAGGACGGCAAGUGGGAAAACUGCCUUCCAAAAAGCAAGCAAUAGAGUGAGCCAGGGAAAAACUAAAGGAAAUAUCAAAUGGAUACUAAACUUCUGUAAUUUGGUUGGUGAAGGAAAAUUUGACUUAGAGAUAAUAAAAAUACGUCAAAUGCAG